GUAAGUCAUUCUGAAACCAGCAGUUCACAGGUGGAGAGUUCCCUCUCUCCAAGCUCCACACCUUAACAGACUCACAGAGAACAGUAUAUCAACAAAAUGCUAGAAAUAACCCGAGUGUACGGAAUUCAGAGAAACUGGUUUCUCGUGGACUGGAUCUGGUCUGUAAUCGUACAGUGAGGGUGCUUGCUUUGAACUAUAAAAGAUCCAAUAAACCCGGAUCCUGUUAGGACUUCGAUAGAUUUCUGAUUAUAAAUGAGCAUUGCUUAAGAGAGAGAAGCCUCAUGGCAGACAGUUAAACAUUUAUUUGCUCUUACAAAUAAAUUUGUUCAUUUAAUUUGAACCUUCACUAAAUCAGACUCCACUGACAAGGAAGCUCUGCACUGAGUCCACACUUCUGCACUCUGAUUGGCUGGAAGUUUUGACCUCUAACAGAUAAAAAUAGGCUGCAGAGUCCCAGAGCAGAAAUCACUGAUGGAAGUGUCUCUUCUCAGGAUGGCGAAGCUCCUCUGUGGUGUAACUCUUAUUUUAACUCUUGCUCUGUCUUACUACAUCUACAUUCCAUUACCUGCAACUGUCUCCGAGCCAUGGAAACUCAUGCUGGUGGGGGUAGCCUAUCGCACUGCCACUCACCUGGCUGAUCUCUCUCACUCUCUGGGUCUCGUCCAUCAUAUCCAUGUCCUCAAUCUGGCAAUGAUGAGUGUCGAGUAUUUUCUGCCAGUGGAGUUUGAAGACGUUCAGACAGAGGACACAGAGUUUGACGGUGUUCAUGUUCGUGUGUACAUGCCUCCACACCAAGAUGGCACACUGAGACGUGCUGUGGUGUUCAUCCAUGGGGGAGGAUGGGCUCUAGGAACACCCAAGCUGGGUUCCUAUGACGCACUGUGCAGGAAGAUGGUGAUGAAGCUGAAUGCUGUGGUUGUGACAGUGGAUUACCGUAUGGCCCCAGAUGUACGCUUCCCAGUGCAGUAUGAGGAGUGUUUGCAGGCGGCACGUUACUUCCUGCAGCGUGACGUGUUGGCGCAUUACUCUGUGGAUCCUGAGCGAGUUGCUGUGUGUGGUGACAGUGCAGGAGGAAACCUUGCUGCUGCAGUCACACAACAGAUUGGCCAAGACAGCAGAGGUGAUGAUGUGAGGGGCAGCAGUGAAGGUGGUGGUGGAGUACAGUUUAAACUACAGGUCUUGAUCUAUCCUGUCCUUCAGCCUCUGGAUUUCAAUACUGCCUCUUACCAGCAGAACUGGGGCAUUCCUAUCCUGUACCGUGACCUGAUGGCACGAUACUGGUUAGAAUAUCUGGGUGCAGAUGCAUCCCUGCUCCACACCAUCCUGCUUAACAACCACACGGCACUGGACGAGUCUCGAGUCAACCCUCACCGCUCUAAAUUCGACUGGACCUCGAUGAUCCCUGAGCACAUGUGCAAACAGUAUAUGGCCAUCUUCCCUCUGACAGGCUCACCCUCCGUCCUGCAGGACGUCCCUGCGAUGCUGGACCCGCGAGCCGCUCCCCUGCUGGCUGAACAGGAAAUAUUAAAGAUGGUACCACGUGCUUACAUCAUGACGUGCGAGCAUGAUGUGCUGCGAGAUGAUGGAAUGAUGUACAUCCGGCGCUUAGAGCUUGCUGGUGUCCCCGUCACGCAUCGUCACUACAAUGACUGUUUUCAUGGCUGUGUGAGCUUCGCCUUCUGGCCAUUAUACUUCUCCGUGGGAAUACGAGCCAUAGAUGAUUACAUUGCCUGGAUUCACACACACCUGUAGAUGUUAGUGUUUACCUGCACACACUUUCACACUCAGGAUGUAUGUGUAAAAAUUUUGCUCAUUUUACUGUCAUUCACAGGAAAAACAGUGGUGGUGCAUCAACUGACAAAAUGAAAUUACAACAUUUGUAAAACUGCAUUAUUGCUUAAAUAUUAGCGCCUCUGUCUUGUAUCACAUCUAUGAAAUUUUCAAUUAAUCAUAUGUACAAGCAAUGACAGUUGUGUCAUUUCUCUCAAGCCACUCCCUCUGACUUUAUGCCCUUUGUAUGUCAAGCCAUCUGUGGGUGGUAAGAGACUUGCUUGAAGAUGUUUCACCUCUCAUCCGAAAGGCUUCUUCAGUUCUGUCUGACUAAGGUGGGGUUUACAUUAGACCGUAUCAGCGGAUCAUCAGAUUAACGUUUUUAAAACGAUUAGUGUGCACACAGCAACGCCAAUACACGAUUCGCGUGCACACAGCAACGCCAAUACACGGAUACGCUCGGCUCCGCAGGCAUCCUGCGCUCCAAACCACUCCGCCCUGAACAGCGAGUGCCCUCUGGAGGGUGCGCACUCCGGCCCUGCGCAGCUCACAGAGCGCGCGAGUGAAGUGCACGAGCAGUGAUUCGGGACUGAGCCGCUGUGUGUGUGAUCUCAGUGCAUAUCGGGCAUGCGCGUCACUUACCACUUGCAAGUGGAAGGAUGGCAAGCCUAAAGACAAUCAUAACUACACAAUGGGCAGUAUUUGCAUCAGUAUUUGCAGUAUUUUCAUACAUUUAUACUCUUUAAUGAAAGGUGAUACAAGGUGGAAGUCCGCGCCGUUUUUCAGCAGUCGCAUCACAUGACGAACGCCAGCGAAUCAGGAAGGUGGAUGUCACAGUGACAUUGUCCAAUGACGACGCCAGCUAGAGCUCAGCACAGCGUAUCCGCGUAUCCUCAAUGUUUACACAGUACCGGACCAGACGCGAUCUGGAUUGAAUACGUGGACCCUGGCGGAUUCCCGUUUCCCGGCGUUUUAAUGUAAACGGACAGUGCAUCCGCGAAGAAAACGAGACAGAUACGGUCUAAUGUAAAUUUGGCCUAAUAGGGAGUAUCAGGUAUUUAUCCUCUUAUGGAUGAAAAGCAAUCCUACGGUGUCGUUGAGUCAUCCUGUUGGUGUGGGUCACUGGGGGCUGGGUGUGAAUGGCCUAGAAAGUCGUUGGGAUGAUCAGUGGAUUGUUGGUUCUCUCUGUCCUCCUGUGAGUCACUGAAAACAGCUGGGUUUUGGUGUGCAUUCAGUUGUCUGGGAAGUGUGCCAAGGACUGCAUUGUAGGUGGCUGAUAAAUGGUGUCUUAGACCCCCACCUCUGUUCAGUGAUAGUCGUUCCAGGUAACCUGUCAUAUGUCAAGCCAUCUUCCUUUAUCCCUCUCCAAAGACAGCUUACAGCCAUAUAACCCUGGGAAUGCUCAGUCUUAUUGCCAACUCCUUACCUCUCUCUCUCUCUCUCUCUGGGACUAUUGACUUAGCCCAAUCCCCUUAUUUCUCUUUCACUCUCUCUUCACAUGGCCCUGCACAAAAGCCCUGUCUUGAGUGAAAUCCACCUGGCCCCUCCUCCUCAUCUCUCUCUAGAGAUAUCCCUUUUACCCCACCCCUUUAGCAUGCUCACUGGGGACAUCCACCAAGCCUCACCCCCUUAUCCCUCUCUCUGACAAUAUCUAUGUGGCUCCACCUCCUCGUUCCUUUCUGAAAAACAUCCACCUAGCCCCCACCCCCUUACUUACCCUCUCUCUUUGGAGACUCCUCCACCUCAUUCCUUUCUGAAGACCUCUAUGUAGCUCUGCCCCCUUAACAUUUUUCUCUUUGGAGAAAUCCACCUGGCUCCGCCUUUUUACACCUGUCUCUGGAGACAUCUGCCUGGAGACAUUGACCAGACCUUGGAUUUGUAACAGUAACAUGAACAUGGUAAAGACAGAAGUUAGGACUGAACUCACAAAUUACACAAUUUCAAGCUUGGACUUAAAAUUACAUUUGACACAAAUAUAACUGGCGGCAUGGUGGUGUAGUGGUUAGCGCUGUCGCCUCACAGCAAGAAGGUUUGGGUUCGAGCCCCGUGGCUGGCGAGGGCCUUUCUGUGUGGAGUUUCCAUGUUCUCCCCGUGUGGGUUUCCUCCGGGUGCUCCGGUUUCCCCCACAGUCCAAAGACAUGCAGGUUAGGUUAACUGGUGACUCUAAAUUGACCGUAGGUGUGAAU